CUGGGACGUGAAGCGAAAUUGCCAUUAUUUACACAAUUUCUUGUACGUCAAAUUCGUAUAAAUAAUACUAUUUAUUUUAUAUAAAUUGCCGGAAAAAAUUCGAAAUUUCUAGCUCCAUGUAAAGCCUGUGAAUCAGAGCUAUUACUGCAUUGACUUUGAGCUGAAAAAUAAAUUAUUUUGGUUCAAGAAAAAGGUGCUGUAAACACAAGGAGUGCUGCCGACUACAUACAUAUCGUCUGGAAAGAGUGGAGGCGAAGUAAAGUGGGCGACGCAGAGCAACUCAACAGCUCAAAGCUGCUGAGUUUAAACUCUAUUGCUAUUAAAAGAAGUUGCCGUGCGCCGAUAAUUUUUGCACAAUACAUACAUACUCCUAGAAAACGUGUAAUGCCAUGAUCUUCUCGGACGCAUUCCUAUUUGUUAUUGGCUUGAUUGACGUCGGCGCCGUCUUGUUCCUUCUAAUUUAUUUCAUUAUCACGCUCUCUGAUUUGGAAUGCGAUUACCUGAAUGCCCAACAAUGUUGCUCCAAGCUGAACAUGUGGGUGAUACCCAAGCUCUCGGCGCAAGCAGUGUUCACUUUUUUCCUCCUAAUUCAUGGGAAGUGGAUGCUCUUGUUGCUUAAUCUACCAAUGACUGCUUGGCUUAUUUACGAGCUGUCAACUGUGCCUAUGGGGAAUACUGGAGUGUAUGAUCCAACUGAAAUUCACAACAGAGGCCAACUGAAGAGGCACAUGAGAGACUGCAUGAUCUCACUUGGGUUCUACUUGCUUCUCUUCUUUGUAUAUUUGUACUGCAUGAUCAUCUCUCUGCUACAAGGAAACCCUCUCAAAGGCACCGACGAAUAUGUGACUGAAUUCUAAAGCAAAAAUAACUAUGUUGUACUUUAUUGAAUUUUCCUAAUUUAUUUGUCAUUAUGUAAUAAAAUGAAUAAAAGCAA